GUAGCCUCAGAAAACCCCGUCUCAAAACCCACCAACGAAAGGAAUAAUUACGAUGAGUACCUGAAAGAAAACCAGCUCGGAAGAAGAUUAACAAUGAGCGGAGAAGCCCCAAAGCUCUUCAACAACAAACCCAAAAAAUCGAGGUGGAAAGCAUCUGAACCGAUCGCAAUGGCAUCAUCAUCGUCAACGGGAGCUGUGGCUCCUCCUCCGCCGCCGUCUCCUCCUCCGUUGCCUCAGAAGGAGUCGCUUCUCCGGCGGUAUAGGUUCCUCGUGCCACUUAUAUUGGUUUGCAAUUUCGCCGUAGGAGCCUACGUUGUCGUGAGGUAUACGAUGAAAGAUAAGACCAAAUCCGAAGAAGAAGAAGAGACAUCGGUGGGUCCCACUAGUUCUUCAUCAACCUCAGCUACUAUUUCUGAUACUUCUAAAAUUAUCGAAACGCCGAUCACUCUACCAAUAGUAGAGCCCAUAAAACGAGCACCGAUUCCAGUUGAUAACCAGCGUGAACUGUUCAAAUGGGUGCUAGAAGAGAAGAGGAAAGUAAAACCAAGAGAUGCUGAAGAGAAAAAGCGCAUUGACGAGGAGAAAGCUAUUCUGAAGCAGUUUAUCAGAGCCAAUUCCAUUCCAACUAUCUGAUAAGUUUUUUCUUUACUCAAAGAAACCUUUUUGAUCCGUUCCUCCGAUUUUCAUUUUUUUUUACGUAUCACGAGGAAUUCUUGAUGUUCGUUUGUUUUGAUUUCGAUGGUUUGAGUUGCGGUUGGGAAGAAUAUUGUUUGCUAAUUGUCACUUCUUUGUUUAGGUGGGGGUUGAGUUCUGCUUUAAACACAUCUUUUUUCAUAAAUUUUGAAUCUGAAUUGAAGAUUUUUGUG